UGCUGCUCUCUGAUUGGCUGCCAGCGAGUGUGAGAAAGUGCCGAGGCCCACGUCGCUAUGGAGAUGUGGGACCAUAAAUAGGAGGGGCGGAUGAAGCCGGGAGAGACCACGUUGUGCGUGGACAGCGCGCUAGUCCAGCCAUGGCGCCUGCGAUCUCUCUGCAAGACUCUCACGCCGCUCUCACACAUAAGGUCCGAAAGCCUCUGGUGGAGAAGUUCCGGCGAGAGCGGAUCAACAGCAGCAUCGAGCAGCUCAAGUCACUCCUGGCUCCGGAGUUCCUCCGGCAGCGGCCGGACUCCAAGAUGGAGAAGGCCGACGUGCUGGAAAUGAGCGUCCGCGUCCUGAGGCGACUCCAGUCCGCCCGCCGGGGUUACGCCAAGUGCGCCGGGGAGGCGGCGCGCUUCCUGCGGCAGGAGGAGCGCUUGGGCCCGCUCGGGUCCACCUGGGAAGGGAGGACGCGAGAGGAGGACUCGUCUCCGCCGGGCAAGGAGGAGAGCUCGGCCCAGAGCGGCCCGUGGAGGCCCUGGUAGACCGUCGGGACUUUGGGUCAAGUCAAACUCGCCUUUUGUGAAGGCUUCCAUGUUGCCGUGCAGACAAUGUUUGCGUUAUUAUUCUUUUUGUUCAUAAAGUAAGAAAGAUAGAUAAGAAUCCCUUGCUUUGUAUUCAAUGGAAUUAUUAGAAAUAACAAUUCCCAAUUACUCUGCGUAGUAAAUGGAAUUAUUCCCAGUGGGAGUGCUUGUAAAUAUGGAUUUUUUUUCUUUAAAUUCCUCUAUGUAGGGGCUGCUGUCAUACAUGUUGAACAUUUGCGCGAUUCACGCGCGUUUCGUGAUCUGCGCCAAAUGCAGAUGGCGAGGGGAGCGUCGGGUUUUUUGCCGACGACGACGCGGCGCCAUGAAUGUAUUGCUUGCAAACCAAGGCAUUCGCAUUAAAGCAAUCAUGAAAAAAAACAACAACAUGCCACUCAUGUGCUUUGCUUUUGUUCACUUUUUAAAAUUCAUUUUUA